CAGCAUAUCAGCAUGGGUGCGGCACACAUGCCCUGCGCCUGGUCAACAAAAAUAAAAAAAAAAGUUAACAAGUCAUAAUAUUAAGACAUGAAAUUAAUAAAACACAAAUUUCUAGAGACAAAUGUUGAUAACUCUUUAUUUUUCCAACAAUUAAUUUGAAUGCUGAAUGGCUAUCCACUGUAAUUAAGUUCGACACGAUGAUCACAUUGUCAAAAUGAUAGCCAGAUGAACAUAUUGCAGUGUCCUGUCACGAGGCACUGGAGCUAAUUAGGAUAGCAAUAACACAUUCCACAUGAUUAGCUCUCCCUCAGUGCUCGUACGCUGACACAUGCAUUGCACUUUCUUGUGUCUUGAUGUUGACUUCCUACAAGUGUUUAUUUAUUUAUUUUACAUCACAUUCACUUCAGGUUGCGGCAGCUGUGAGACACAGGAGGCUAUUUGGGAGAAAUCUCCUGUGCCUUGUCCGCUGGUUUGCUCAAUUUUAUUGGCGCUUGUAAUAUGACAGGUGGAUAUGUGUUUCACAUUACAUCGUUUUACUGCCUAGUGUCAUUAUUCCAUGUGGCCCAAAAAUGCUCUAGUGCAACUUUAAUGCUGCUGCGAAGGAUUAAACUGUUUAUUUUGCAGUUGUGUAAGUUACAGCUGUGCCAGUGUCAUUUACACUUUACCGUUUGAUCAACAGAAAUGGACGGCAGUAAAAGGGAUAUUUUUUAACCAAACGCUUUGUUUGACAUAUAUAGUGCAGGUGUGUUCAGGUAUGAUGGCCCCUAUGUAGAAAAUUAAAGGAUGCAGAUGACACCAAUGUAGGUCAAGAUAUGCUUAGCAAAUAUACAUUAGUGUGAAAUAGUUUUCUGAUGAUUUUCUGCAUUAAAAAUGUUGUCACACUUAAUUUCUUUUGUUUCCGAUUACCAAUCAAAUGGAAAUAUUAGGCAAUGGCAACACAACUUAACACAAAAUGCAGUUUUCAAAUGUUUUUCUUUUUAUUAUUAAGGGAGAAAAAAAAUCCUGUGUGAAAAAGUGAUGGCUGCAAGGCGUACGAGUGGUUAGCGCGCAGGCCACACGGCUCGGAGACACGAGUUCAAUUGCACCCUCGAGCAUCUCUGUGUGGAGUUUGCAUGUUUUCCCAGUGCAUGCGUGGGUUUUCUCCGGGUACUCCGGUUUCCUCCCACAUUCCAAAAACAUGCUAGGUUAAUUGGUGACUCCAAAGUGUCCAUAGGUAUGAAUGUGAGUGUGGGUGUGUCCGAUGUUCCCACUCUACUUUUGUUGUUUUGUCUUAUGUAAGAUUCUGUGAUUAUAUGUGUGGGAAAAAAUCACUUAUUGAAUUGAUAACUGCUAUGGCGUGGAGAAGGGGUAGGAUUUAAUAAGCUUUGCUUCUUCCUGCUCCUUUUCAGACAUAUGUAGUAAUGAGGUGUUGUGUAUGUAUGUAUAUAUAUUGUAAUGUAAGUGUAUAUGUGAGAAACAAUAAUGUAACAUAGUAUGCAUGUCUGAAAUAAAUUAAGAAGAAGAAGAAGAAUGGUUGUUUGUCUAUAUGUGCCCUGUGAUUGGCUGGUGACCAGUCCAGGGUGCAUCCCACCUCUUGCCCGAAGACAGCUGGGAUAGGCUCCAGCACCCUUGUGAGGAUAAGCUUUAGAGAAUGAAUGAAUGAAUUAAUGAAUAAAAAAGUGAUUGCCCCAAUCCCAAUAACUGGUCUUAGCAACAGCAAUCAAGUAUUCAUUUAUGUGACUGGCCAAUCACAGAGCGUGAAUAGUGAAUAUAUAAUGAGCAUUUUCUUUAAACACGAAUACGGAUAAUGACGAAAUGUACUCGUUUCAUACUGGUAUCUGGCAAAAAUGCAUUAUCUGUAACAGAUACUUGUUUAUAACGAGCAAUAUGCACAUCAAGUGCUUUUUUUGUGAGCGUUGCUCUGUGCUUAAGCUCACACUUGCCAUUCCCUGUGUGUGGCCCUUAUCUCAUUCCUAUGGAGGCAGUUGACAUUUGACUUUGCCGCACGCACACACACACAUACACACCAAAUACUCUAGCAGUGUUUUAGAUCAAGUGCCUUCCUCACAGUAGGUCUUCUCCAUUUGUUUCAAACAGGCCUGAGAUGAUGGACAUCUGGGCUGUCGAUUACCUAAGCAUUAAUUGUUUAAUUUAAACAGUGUGUACAGUGUACAAAGCUACAGUGAGAGGGUGUGUACAUGUGAUGUUGUGACAGGGAGCUGAUAAGAUAUACAUAUUUAAGGCUUUUGCUCAUUUUUAUGAACGCUGGAUAUUUCUUGACAUGUGACAAUAUGAUGGACGUGAGCGUUGCGUGGCUGCUGAAGCUUCCCUCAAAAAAUAAAUUGCAAGAUCCUAUAAGAAUAUAGUACAACUGAAAAUCAUGUUUAUUGCCCGUGCUAGCAAUUUAAAAAUAUAACUUACAAUUAAAAGGCUAAUCUAAUCAUUGUCUAAUCAUUAUGAAAUGCAGUACAUUACAGUGAAGUCAGAUAUCCAUGUUAGGUGGCUACUUAUAACAUAUAUAAUAAAAACAACAAUACAAAACAUGGCAAGUAUUUAUGUGGAGUAACAAGUGGUUCUAUUUCUAGUCAAACUUCUUGUCAGCGGGUGUUGUAGUUCCUCCUACUUCUUCAUUUUAAAUGUGGUGACUGGCUGCACUUGAUUUUUAGGGCCGUAUACCCCUUAACACUUACCCCUCAAUUUAAGGAGAAUUGGGACACCACCCGAUUCUCAUAAAUGCACAAAACCUAUAGCGAUAAGCUCUAUGUCAGCUCUUUUUUUCCUGUCACUGACACACACCUGUGUGACCUGUAGUGAUGUAGUCGUAACACAAAGGCCUCCUGGGAAAAAAAUGUGUUUCAGAGGUUGUUAGCCAGUAGCAAACAACUGAGGAGUCAUGAUGCCAAUUGUAAGAGCCUUAAGAGUCUUAAAUUCGGGGCUAUUUUACAUUUGGGUCAAUACAGUAUGUAUAUCUCAUGCCAUCCUCAUCUUCAUCCUUAUCAUCCAUCUCUCACUCUCUCUCUAUCAUUGUCAGUCUCAGUGUAAUUAAGCAUCAUAUUGUCUAAUUCUCAAUUUGUCUCGGGGUAUCAGCCGCAGUCUGUUGGUUCUCAUUUCAGUCUCAUUAUCAGUCUGUCUCACUCGCUUAGUCUCCUGACAUUCAGUGAGUCUCAUUCUCAGUGAGUCUUAUUCUCAGUAUCAUAAUGGAUACCACAUGCCCCAGUCUCAUUCUGUCUUUCAGUCUUUUUAGUCAGUCUGUGUCUCAUUCGUCACUCGUUUCAGUCUUACGCACUCAGCCUCAUUUACAGUAUCAGUCUCAGUCUCUGAUUUUAAGUUGCGCUCUUUCAUGUUCAGUCUCACUCUGUUUCUGUCAUUUAAAGUCUCUGUCUCAAAGUCAACCGUUUUCAAUCACAGUUUCAUAGUCUCUCAUUCUCUUUCUGAGGCCCACAUUCUCAUUUUCAGGCUGUUGAUUUUCAGUCUGUGUCUACCAGUCUCUAUUCAUGUCAUGUCUGUGAUUCUCUGUAAUUCUCAUUCUCAGUAGUUUCAGUCUCUCAUUGUCAGUCUCAUUAUGUCUAGCUCGAGGGUGUCCAUUGUGCAGCCCAGCGGCCAUUUGCGGUCUGUGGCUGUUUUUUUUUUUAAUGGCCUUUGGCACAUAUGAAAAAUACUGUAUAAUUUAACAAGAAAAAUAAAAGAAAAACUCAGAAAAUUGAAAAGUCUGCAGUAAUUUUACAAGAAUAAAGUUAAAAUAUUGAGAGAAAAAGGUUGUAAUCUAAUGUGAAAGUCACAUUUUUUACUUAAAAAAUAGCAUAAUUUUAGUCAAAAUUUAGUUGAAAUAUUUUAUAAAAAACUUUUCAAAAAAGUUUCAACGGUAUGACAAACAAACAAUAACGCUUUUGGAAAAAUGCAUUCACCUAUCGCACAAAGCUAAGAUGCAUUUUUUUCUUAAAAUAUGUAUAAUUUCUUAGCAAACCAACAUGUCUUUCUUUUACAACAAAUCAAAAUGUCGAUUGCAUAGUUUUCUUUUUCUGUAAGUUUUCCUCUGCAGCUACCAGUGGUUGGUGGCGAAUUCCAAGGGUUGUUUUCUCCUUAUUGGUCUUGAGCCAUUUACGUCUCCUUGACGGUGCUACAACAUGCUUCAUUGAAAGCCUGGACAUUGAUACAAUCAGCAAAUAACAGCAUUAGCACUCCAUAGUCUAUUUAUAGUCCCGUGCCAUGUGUUGACUAAUGGGCCCAGAUGGUCAGCAAUAAUAAUCCUAUUACCUCUUUACCUUCUCACACUGAGGUCUCACCCUCACUUCACUGGACGUAUUUGGUUCUUCUCUUUAUUGACUCUGUGUUCACCCAUUCAGAAAGAAGUGCUUCCCUGUGGCAAGAGAUGCAUGCGGCAAGAGCCGGCAAACAUGAGCCACCCAGCCCUCCACGGCAGGAGCAGCAGCAACAGCAGCACACACUCUCACACACACACACUUACACACACACCGCGAACGGCAGCCAGGGAGUCAGCACUGACAGCGGCGGCAGCUCCCUGGAAGAGGACAGCGGCGUCUGCAUUCCCGUCGCUGCUGUUGCGGCUUUUUAUCCCUGCGCGGAGCCACGGAGCCACGGAGCGACAGCAUCCAUGGAGGAGCCGGCGGGCAACACCGUCGUGAUCCGCAUCGGAAUCCCAGACCUGCAACAGACGAAAUGUAUGAAAUUCAACGUGGACGCUCCCAUUUGGCUGUCCAAACAGCGGAUCCUGUGCACACUCAACCAGAGCCUGAAGGAUGUACUCAACUAUGGCCUAUUCCAGCCAGCUUACAACGGCAAGGCUGGCAAGUUUCUGGAUGAAGAAAGACAGCUGAGGGAAUACCCUUUCCCAUCCAUCGCUCCUGUCCCCUAUCUAGAGUUCCGCUACAAAAGACGUGUCUACACUCAGUCCUACUUAGAUGAAAAGCAGCUGUCUAAGCUCCACACAAAGGCCAACCUGAAGAAGUUUAUGGAGUAUGUGCAGCAAAGGAACAUUGAAAAGGUGUCACGGUUUUUGGAGAAAGGUCUGGAUCCCAACUUCCACGAUCCUGACACAGGAGAAUGCCCCCUCACGCUAGCAUCACAGCUGGAAGGAUGUGCAGAGCUCAUCAAGGUGCUGAAGAGUGGUGGUGCACAUCUGGACUUCAGGACAAAAGAUGGCAUUACAUCCCUGCACAAGGCGGUGCGCAGCAAGAACCACACAGCGCUCAUCACACUGUUAGACUUGGGUGCAUCUCCUGACUAUAAGGACAGUCGGGGGCUGACUCCUCUUUACCACAGCUCCAUGGUGGGAGGAGACCCUUACUGCUGCGAGCUGCUGCUGCACGAUCAUGCACAGGUCGGCUGUGUGGAUGAAAAUGGCUGGCAGGAGAUACACCAGGCAUGCCGCUAUGGUCAUGUGCAGCACCUGGAACAUCUGUUGUUUUAUGGGGCUGACAUGAGCGCCCAAAAUGCUUCUGGGAACACAGCCCUGCAUGUGUGUGCACUCUACAACCAGGACAGCUGUGCUCGGGUACUCCUGUUUCGGGGAGCCAACAAGGAGAUAAAGAACUACAACAGCCAGACUGCUUUUCAGGUGGCUAUUAUAGCAGGAAACUUUGAUCUGGCUGAAAUCAUAAAGGUCCACAAAGUGUCAGAUGUUGUGCCUUUUAGGGAGACCCCUUCCUACACCAACCGUCGACGUGUGACGCCAGGCACCAUGCCCUCGCCUCGAUCCUUGUUGCGUUCGGCGAGUGACAAUAACCUCAACGGAGACAACGAUCACAUCCACCGCCAGGCCCACAGAGAGUCUCGCGGUCGGCAGGGUCACUCACCCGUCCCCUCACUGCGCAGUCUGCCAGCUCUGGGCCAGCAGCAGGGCAGCCUUGGAGAGAGUCGUCAUGGAGAGUUCCCUGACAGCAGUCUCCAGAGUACCGGCAGCUCCAGGUCUUCUCAUUCCCGCUCACCUUCCUUACAUCACUCUCAUGAUGACGAAAGGCCCGUGCCGAGAAGGUCCCACAGCCACGGCUACCCUCAUGGACACAGUCCCCGUGGAAGACUCAGCCCCGGGUCAGUGCAGCGAGACCCAAGCCCACCUCAUCACACCCCGCCGGCGCUGAUGGGCACACGCGGGCCCAAGCGGAAACUCUACAGUGCCGUCCCAGGUCGCACCUUCAUUGUCGUCAAGCCCUACACCCCGCAGGGUGAGGGGGAGAUCCAGCUCAAUCGUGGAGAGAGGGUCAAAGACUUUGACAGUAAUGAUGUAGAAGUGAAGGACAGUUAUCUGGACUCUGACGGCGACACUGUGUACAGUGAAGAGGAUGAUGUUUCCAUUUCCAUUGAGGAUGAUGUGUUGAGUAUAGGAGAAGGAGGCUUCUGGGAAGGCACCGUCAAAGGGAGGACGGGCUGGUUUCCUGCAGAUUGCGUGGAGGAAGUUCAGAUGAGGCAGUAUGACCCACGGCUAGAAACACGUGAGGAUCGAACCAAGCGACUGUUCAGACACUACACUGUUGGUUCCUAUGACAACUUCACCUCAUACAGAAAGGUUUGUUUUGGAUCACCUACAUGCACCAGCAGAAGCUCAGUGCUCUCUUGUGAUUAUAUCAUCGAGGAGAAGAAUGCUGUCUUGCAGAAGAAAGAAAACGAGGGCUUCGGUUUUGUUCUGCGAGGAGCCAAAGCCGAGACGCCUAUUGAAGAGUUUACGCCGACCCCAGCCUUCCCGGCACUGCAGUACCUGGAGUCUGUGGACGUGGAGGGUGUGGCCUGGAGGGCCAGUUUGAGAACAGGAGACUUUCUCAUUGAGGUCAAUGGUGUGAACGUCGUGAAGGUUGGCCACAAGCAGGUGGUGUCGUUGAUCCGACAAGGUGGCAACCGACUUCUGAUGAAGGUGGUGUCCGUCACACGGAAACCAGAGUCAGAGGAAGUUGUCCGCAAGAAAGCCCCGCCCCCUCCCAAAAGAGCUCCCAGCACCACCCUCACGCUACGCUCCAAGUCCAUGACGGCUGAGCUGGAAGAACUGGCGUCUGCUCGGAGGAGAAGAGGCGAGAGGCUAGAUGAGAUGUUAGCGUCCCAGGAGUCGAUGUUGCGUUCUCAACCUUCAGAAGCAGAUUACAGAGCAGCCACUGUCAAACAGCGGCCCACCAGUAGGAGAAUAACACCAGCAGAGAUCAGUUCACUGUUUGAGCGACAAGGGAUGACGUUACAUGGAGGUCUUCACCCAGGCAUGGAACGUGCCCAUAUACCGUUACCCAAGGGGAUGUCCAGGACCAAGUCAUUUGGUGCCACUGAGGAGGACCGUCUAUCAGCUUUGGCAGGUGAGCAUCGUUUCCCGCGCAGUUCCUCCAUGACCGACAGCCUGCGAGAACACCCACAGCCUCAUCCCAUCCCUCCGCCUCCGCAAACAGCACCACCUCCGCCUCCAUAUUACCUGGACACAGGACCUCCCCCGGCUUUCUGCCCACCACCUCCCCCGUCCAGGACACAGAGUCAGGGCCACGAACCAGGAGGACGCUCCAGCUUUAAGCCCUCCUCCUUGGACCUGCCCUAUGAGGCAGCUCAGCGGCAGGCCACGCAGCUUGAGAGACAGAAAAAAGCCCGCUCCAUGAUCAUCCUCCAGGACUCUUCACAUUUACCCGUGGAACCCACAGAAAUCCCCCGUCCUUCUGCUGCUACUCCACCUGAGCGGAUAAAAAGGAAGGGCCGGGUGAUUGACAACCCCUAUGCCAACGUGGGCCAAUUUAGCAUUGGACUGUACACACCGACCAAGCCUCAGCGGAAGAAAAGCCCCCUGGUGAAGCAACUACAGGUGGAGGAUGCACAAGAAAAAGCUAGUUUGGCCUUAGCAGCUGCCCACUCCAGAGAGAGCUCACCCUCAGGGCGACAUCCCCACGGCCACACACGCACCAGCCGGGCAGACUACUAUCAGCAGCAGCUGAUGGCCGAGCGAGAACGUUUGCGGGCUCAAGGAGAGGCGAUAUUUCAGGGUAAGGGCCCCUUCGCCGCUGCAAUUGCUGGAGCAGUGAAAGACAGAGAGCGACGCCUCGAGGAGCGGCGGAAAUCCACUGUCUUCCUUUCUGUGGGAACCAUGGAGGGGGCGUCCUCCGCCAGCGCCGAGGUCCCCUCUCUGAUGCAGUCUCACUCCAUUGAUGAGCGGAUACUCACCCGAGAGCUUGGCCAGCUGCCACCUCCUGCCUUGGCCUUGAGCCCCUCACCCAGCGGGACCACCUUUAUCCAUCCACUCACAGGAAAACCCCUGGACCCCAACUCCCCUCUGGCUCUUGCGCUGGCCGCAAGGGAGAGGGCGCUGACGUCCCAGAGCCAAUCCCCAACGAGCAGCCCAGAACCGCGGACUAAACAAGAGCGGGUGGGCCAGGGUGUUAUGUUCAUUGACACUCAGACCAAAGAGCCUCCACAUGGAGAAGGGCCACCCGCAUCUCCUCCUUUUACAUCUAAAAGCUCCAAGGCAGCUGGGUAUGGCAUUGGAUCCACCCCAGCAUCAGUGUUAGUCCCUCAGCCUACCAAACCACAGUGGGCCAUGUCACCAUCAAGUGUAUCAUUCCAGCAGGAGAUGGAGGCCCGGAUAGAGGAGAGGAAGGAGGAGAAGAUGCUAGAAGAUAAGAAAAGCAUGUUGAUCAGUAUUAUGGACACCUCACAACAGAAGACGGCUGGGCUGAUCAUGGUGCACGCUACCAGCAAUGGCCAGGCCGUCAGUGGGGGUGAAGAACUAGAACAGACACCUGUCCCAACAUCCAAAGAGCUGAGCAAAUCUCAACUAAGUCCAAGGACUAAGUCCCCAACUCCCACAGCCCCUCUGCCACAGCCUCAGAGUCAGCGUGCUGCCAGCCCAGCUCAAGACAAGGGUCUGGUUCAGGGAAGCUCAGAGGAGGACACGGAUCCAUACACAGUGACUCUACCACCCGCCAUGUUGUCCUCCAGUGAUGAGGAGACACGAGAGGAGCUGCGUAAAAUCGGUGUUGUUCCACCGCCCGAUGAGUUCUGUAAUGGACUCCUGGCUCAGGCAAAGGGUAUUCCCCUGUCCCCAACCAAACCUAUUGCAUCUUUCCCCACCACCCCUCCAACACCGACACCCAAAACACCCUCGACCCCAACCACGCCAACUGUCACCCCCACCCAGCCUCAGCCUCCCCAGCCUACACCUCCACCCAGUGCUCCACCCAGCACAGCAGCUGUCUCAGGGAAACCCUCAGACCCUCUAGAGCCCCCACCAGUUUGUGAGCCUUGUUCUGCGGCCGAUUCAGGCGUGGAGGAGGCUGACACGCGCAGCUCCAGUGACCGGGAACGAGACCACCACCUUGAGACCACCAGCACUGUCUCCACGGUUUCCAGCAUGUCCACGCUGUCCUCAGAAAGCGGCGAACCUGCCGACACACACACGACACACACUUCCUAUGCCGAUGGGCAGACUUUUGUGCUCGACAAGCCGCCAGUGCCUCCGAAGCCCCGACUUAAGUCCCACAUAGGAGGCAGUAAAGGCCCCGUCACCUUCAGGGACCCUCUGCUGAAGCAGAGUUCUGACAGUGAGCUGCUAUCGCAGCAACAGGCUGCUGCACUGGCUGCGGCAGUGGCCGGAGGAGGCGGGCUGCCCCCGGGCGGUUCGGCCUCAGUGACUGGACUAGCACCCACCAAGCCACGCUACCUCUUCCAGCGGCGCUCCAAGCUGUGGGGGGACCCAGUGGAGCCCCGUGGGCCAGGAGUGGGGCUCGGUAUUGGGAGUUUGGGAAAUCUUGGCGGGCUUGGACUAGGGCUGGGUGCAGAUGAGGGCGCAAAACCCUCUGUCAUGGGGGAGCUCAGUUCUCGACUACAGCAGCUAAAUAAAGACACAAGGUCCCUGGGAGAGGAGCCACUGGGAGCAUCGCUUGACCCUGGGAGGAAGUCCCCUGUAGCAGGUGCCAGACUUUUCAGCAGCCUAGGUGAACUCCACACCAUUUCUCAGAAGAGUUACGGCACCACCUUCACCAUACGCCCUGGCAGCCGUUACCCCAUCACGAGACGCACCCCUAGCCCGGGAUCACCUGACCGGGGCGACCCCUUCGGACGCUAUUCUGGCUUUGGCCUUCCAGCCUCUCCGACCACCCCCCCGCAGACCAUCCUCAAAUCCUCCAGCCUCAGUCUUCCCCAGGAACCCAAGGAGGUCCGCUUUGUGAUGAGGAGCUCUAGCGCCCGAUCCCGCUCCCGCUCGCCGUCUCCGUCGCCUUCCCACUCCCCGGGUCUGGGCUCACCGCUGUUGGCGCUCAGACCGUUCCACCAGAAGCCCCUCCACCUGUGGAACAAGUACGACGUAGGGGACUGGCUGGAGAGCAUCAACCUCGGCGAGCACAGGGCCGGCUUCCAGGAACACGAGAUUGAGGGCUCCCAUCUCCCGGCACUGACCAAGGACGACUUUGCCGAGCUGGGUGUGACACGAGUGGGCCACCGCAUGAACAUUGAACGAGCACUGAAGCAGCUGCUGGAGAGCUGACCCCCGCCCUAGAACCCCGUAAUCUCCAGUCGGUGCCACCACGGAGAGGAAGUCGACGGACGAGCGCAUGGAUGAGAUAUUGGGCUCCCAGGGAUGGGGAUCCCGUACAGUGACACCCACCAUGUUGGCCCUCCUCUCCUCUCUACCUCCAACCAGGCCUCUUUAAGAAAAAAAAGCCUUUAGCGGUUCGAGUAAAGGAAGAGUUUUCGCUCCAAUCAGAAAAAAAGCUCAGUUGCCUUUCAACAAUGUUUCUACAGAGAUCAACAACAGCAACGAUGGUGAACACAAAAUAAGACAACGGCGUGUCUCCUCUAUAUCUGCUGUUGUUUUUAAAGCCCAGGACUUCGGAGCCCAGGAUGGGCGGAAUGCUCCACAAACCACAGGAGAAGCCCCGCCCCUUCGCCUUGGUACCCAGGCUGUGCUAUCAAUUCUAUUUGGAGAAUGUUGAACCAACACUCGUGGCUUUUUUCAUAAUCAACUAUUUUGGUUUUCCAAAGGGAAUAUGAUAUAUAUCUAGGUAUUAAAUGAUAAUAUGAUGAUAUAUGUGUCUAAUAAUAGCUUUCAGAAGAGACAAUUGUGCAAAGAAAAGGAAUCUGCACCUGUUCUUGGUUUUUAGUAUAUAGAAGCAGAGAGAAAUCUAUUCCACCAAUAGUUUACGCAUUUCUACCAAUUAUAUACUUAAUAUAUAUAUAUAUAUAUUUGAAAGAAAAAAAGUACAACUAUGGACAUGAUUUUUUUGUCAUACACUAUGUAUUCCUUAUGUUUUCUCAACUGUAGCAUGACCAGUUGCAUCAUGUCUGGAGCAUUUUUUUUUUAUUAUGAGUUUCUUACGGUCUUCCUUCAUACUAAAGGGCAUCCCGAAAUGUGAGGCAGACACCCAGUUGAUAGGCCACCAUCCCCACAUGUUGAGCGACACAUCCCAACAAUGUGACUCACUCUCUCUCGAAACAUCAGGGCCAGUCCAGGAGACAGCUAAUCAAUACCAGAGGCUCUUCUACCUGUUUAUCCACUUAGAGAUGGAAGUUUGGAGCAGCAGACACACUUUCAUUAUUAAUGGAUGAUUCUAAUAAUUCUACUCAAAAGUUUUUAGGAUUCACGAUUGGUUCACCGUGUGGUCAAGAUGGCAGCAGUGAGUUAAUGUUAAUAUUAUUAUGAAUGCAAAUUCAAACACAACUUUCCUUAAAACUUGGUGAUCUGGUUUACUAAUCCCUGCAAUCACUCCUCCCACCAGUUAUGAAUGAUAACUGCCAGCUUACACAAUAGAAAUACAAGAUCAUUCAGGAAAGUUGCAGUGAUAGAGCACCGAAUAUAUUAAAUGGACCAAAACCGGAAUACUGUAGACUAGCGUAAGUUCAACAAGCUCCAGUGAGAUCUCUGCUGCUCCUCACUCCAGGGAAGGUAGAGCAGACGAGGUAAACAAAUGAUCCAAAUGCUGACGUGAAAGCCCUCUAGCAAGGGAAUGCGUGUCAAACGUGGGGAUGAGAGUGUCUUUGUGAGGUCUUCAUUCAUUACAACAGGUCUUGAAGAGACGCUACUAUGGACUGAUAAGCAAAACAAUGCUAAACUGUGAAGAUGAACAAGAGACGGGUCUCGUGUGAUGAGGCUAGGUUACAAUCAUGAGUAGGAACAGUGAGUCGUGUCGCUACAACACACUAAACCAUCUCAAGCUGGUUGUAAGAAUAGUGCUCACUGUGACUUCUCCUGUUCCACACUCAUUUUAUUCCAACAUUUAUGUUGCUCAUUUAGACACUGUGGGUAGAUUUUUGUAGCGUGUGAAACAUACAGACACUAAAAACGUGUCCUGUCCAUUCUAAACAUACUUGUAAAAAAAUUUGCUAUUUUAAAUCACAAGCAAUGUAUAUACGAUAGAUUUCCUAUAAAUUUUUGGAAAACAACUACAUAUAGAUAUAUAUAUAGAUAUAUAUAUGAAUGUUUGGCAUACAGUAUAUGCAUAGUUAACCUGUGAAAAAGGUGAGCAGAUUUUAUUCUUUCUAUGACCUUUUCGACUAUGAACUCUACAACUAUAGGGGAUGAUUUGCACAAAACAAGGUGACACGGUGCUAACAUAGAAGCCACCCAUCGUCCAAGCGCAUGCGUGCAUCUGGAUCCCCCACCCAAAACUUUGUGUGCGAGUGUGUGUGUCUCCUUUUGUGUAACGUCUGAUGAGGGCAGACAAUGACAGUGCACACAUUUGGUUGCUAGUUUACAUCCAUGUAUAGAGUUUAUCCACUAUAGCCUUACUGUAUUGACACCAGAGAUCCCUGCUAUUAGUUGAAAUGACAACAUUGGUUGCAAAAAAUGUAUCUGCCUUUGCCUUUUACACAAAACCCCGGCUAAGCAGGAUAUUGCCGCACCUGUGUGCGCUUUCACACAGUGUUGACGUUUGCACAAGGUGUAAUGUGACAUCUAAAGUACUUGUCGCAUAGGCGGUGUGUUUUAAGCAGUAUAUUGACUGAUAAAAAGCUAUAGAUUUUGGAGUAUCUGGCUUAUGUUCUGGGCGGCACGGCAGGCGAGUGGUUAGCGCGCAGACCUCACAGCUAGACCAGGGUUCAAUUCCACCCUCGGCCAUCUCUGUGUGAAGUUUGCAUGUUCUCCCCGUGUCUGUGUGGGUUUUCUCCGGGUACUCCGGUUUCCUCCCACAUUCCAAAAACAUGCUAGGUUAAUUGGCAACUCCAAAUUGUCCAUAGGUAUGAAUGUGAGUGUGAAUGGUUGUUUGUCUAUAUGUGCCCUGUGAUUGGCUGGCGACCAGUCCAGGGUGUACCCCGCCUCUCGCCCGAAGACAGCUGGGAUAGGCUCCAGCACCCCCCGUGACCCUUGUGAGGAAAAAGCGGUAGAAAAUGAAUGAAUGAAUGGCUUAUGUUCUACUUCAUACCAGAAGUUGUGAUGAAGUAGGCUCGAGGUCAGGGCUCUUUCACCACACCAGAGCUUAUAGAUGUUGCUUUGUGCAAUGUUACACAAGCAGAAAGCAGUUGGAAGCAAUAGAAAUGUCCAAAAUGCGUAAACAAGCUGUCUAGUCCAGCCUUGCUUAAGGUCCUCUUUCACAAUGCUUGGAACAGCUGGCAUUUUUCUACCUUUUUCCAUCAUAAAAUGGAAGUGACAAGUUAACCUGGCAAUUGUCCACUUUGAAGUAGCAUCACAGUGAUAAGAGGCGGGACAUCGUCUGUGUCUAAGGGUAUUCCAUUUAACACCAAUUCUACAACUGUCACCGUCUAAGUAUUUUAUAUGUCACACAUCUUGUUGGCUGUUGUCACUGUGUGAAAGCACACAAUUAAUUAGCAAAAAAAAAGGCACUAGUGAAUAAAUGCCAGGCUCUGAUGCAACCAUUUUGCGGGAUCUCUAUGUGACACCUAAAGUCCAUGUGGUGUAAGGAAAACACAGUACAAUAUAUUGUGCAUUUGAAACAUAAUUCCCCUUAUUUCUGUUCACUGUGUAUAGUUCCUCUUUACCCAAAUCCACGACCCCACUGUGUUGUGUGUCAUUUUUUUCUUUUAAGAUCUCCAAUUUGAGUUGCUGUAAAAUGAGGCAAACAAAAAAAAUGAAAACGUGCCAAAAAAAAUGUAUAUUUGUCUUUAGGACUCUUAGUUGCUGCAUUUAGAGCUGUUACAGACUCAAUAAUAUGGUGCCAUCUCCUGAAAAUCUUGAGAACUGCAGACAUUUGAUAGCUCACUCACUUAUAUAUCCCAUCAGAGGACCUCCAGUCAUUAUUCUCACUUUAGUACAGACAAGGCAUGCUUUAGAUCGGUGAUUCUCAACUGGUUCGGAAGCGGGACCCACCAUUACUCCUUAAUGACAAGCGGCAACGCACAUGGAUGUUUAAAACUUCUUAAAUACAUUAUAUUCAAAGAGACUGUUUGCAAUGGUUACGCAGCUGCCUAGGCACACAUCUUGUAGCGUGCAAGGUGCAUUCAUGGACAGCGGGUCAAUACAUUAUUUUGUUGCUUAGGCAAAGACCCGCGGCCCACCAGUGGAGAAUUACUGCUUUGUUUUACCAUUGAGCUUUACAAUUCUGUUUGAAUUCAUAUACAGAGUAUUGCAAUGGCUUUAUUUGCUGUUUGUUUCAUUUAAGUGAAACUUUUUAGAGGUUUGGGUUACUGACAAGAUUGUUUCAGACCACAAACACACCGUGACCUGAUGCUUGACACAUCAUUCGGGCUAAUCCGUUCAGUAAAAGGUUAUCGUUGGCUGCUUUUCUGAUCAACAAAGCACAAUCUACGUUGUGAAAGAGGGGAUGUUAACUUUUCAAAAGCAUCCACUGGUUUUAUCAUAGAAGGGUUUUCAUUUUUCUUUCAUUGUUGUGUUCCCCCCACCCUCUCCUUGUUUGCACUGUGAAGUUUUGAAUGGUUGACAUAUCGCUGCAACAUCUCAGCCUUGACUUGUUGGUCAGCUGAACUGAACACAUCAUCAUCACCCCCCUCAAGCUACAAUACAAAUAACCAGACUUAACUUAGCAUCACUCAUGCUAACACAGCAAGGGAGGAUGCUACAAGUCUGAGAUGUUGCUCGAUAUAUGGCCGCCACAGAGAUACAUUUGUUAUAUUAUGUAACACAUUUAUAAUUAAAACCUGAACUGCUAAGCCAGCGUCUCAGUAGAUUUAUUCGCAAGUCACACUGAACAAGACAGUCACGUAUACAGCAUAUAGACUUUUGUUUAGUUUACAUUCUUUACAACUUCUGCGCGGCUAUUUAUGAAAAAUGCUGCAUCACUAUUUUAUUACGUGGUACAUUGAGUUUUCAUUGAGAAAUUGCUGGCAAACCAAAAACAUCCAAAUGUUUCCCUCUGGGUGUUGCACACAAACAUAAAAAUCACAAAAUAUGCAUUUUCUUUGCUCUGAGUGGUUCACAUUCAUAUUACAUGACAUGAUAACUGGUUUGUAGCUCUUAAACAUUCUAUCUAUUGUUCAAACUAUUAAAACACACAAGUUUGAGAUGCGCUGUAGCAGCUGUGAUGAGAUUAUUAGGACAAAAAGUACAUUCUAUUGGCAAGGGAAAGAUCAUGUACAUCACCCAUGAAACUUUGUCAAGGCAACUCAGGGCUCUCCUCCCUCUUUACUUCAUCACCUUCUGCGUCCGAGCUAGUUUCUUUCUUCUCAAGCUCGAAGUUCUACAAAGACAAAAUGUAACAAAAGUGGAAAAAAAACAAUAAGCCAAGGUUACAGUAUAGCAAAGUGACAAAGACAUGGUCAGGUCAACCGAAGAUGCUAUUUUCCAUCCACUGUGCACAUGCAACUUCAGCAGGGGUCACCAACCUGGUGAAAUCAGUGAGUCCAUCUUUGGGACUUUCCCAGUCGGUUACUGUGGUAAAUUUGCUAAUUAUUUAAAUAUAUAUCAGUUUCCCCAAAAUAGACCUAGUCAAGGUUCACAGCCAAGACUAGGGAUGUUGGGUAUAAAAAGGUUAGAAUACUGAACUGCAGUAUAAAAUGUUUGGGUAUUUGAAACUCACCUCUAAUUCUUGCAUGACUUCAUCCAUGAAGUCACUAGGGUUUUGCUUGUAUUCCGCAGCUCUCUUGAUCAUCUCCCUGAACAUCUGUUGUGACGAGUAACACCCAAGUUUGAGAAGUCUGGUCGAGUUUUUAGGGCUUUCAGUUGCGCUGUGAUUUGUAGCGCUUCUAUAGGCAGGAUCUACGGCACGACCCUGAAUAACACUGUGAGAAAAUCAAGAAAUGCUCAAACCUUUACAACGUUAGUGCCAUCUGCUGCAGAUACAAAGUAAAAAGGGAGUCCCUGCUUCUUGGCAAAGUUGAAACUUCGUUGUGUCACUUUUAGGUCGGCUGCAGACAUAAAAAUCAACAAGAAAGUCAAGUUCGUAUUUGUCCAAAUAAAUAAUACAGUACAUACUAUACAGUGUAUAGGUUGUCCUCUGGUUACGAAUGAGUUGUUAGUGAGAUCUUAAUGUACAUAAGACUCACACUAUAAACACAACACAAGAAAGACAUAAUAUAAAGUACUAGAAACUCAAAGUACAAAAAUUACAGUAAAAUAAUUAUUUUAAAAAAAACCCUAUACUGCUUCUUUAUUUCUGUCACUUUCAAAACGAGCAGAUCAUUUUAACAUGUUCGUGUAGUGCUUCUGUAGUGUUUUGAGAUUUCCAACUGACUGAAUCCUGACUGUGUGCGAGUAUGGGAAGAGGCUAACUGCGUACAGAGAGUAUAGUUGAGUUUACAGAUGAUUCGGCGGCGUUAGUUUUUGCAAUAAAGACAGUUCAUUUAAAUCCUUCAUUUUUCAAUUUAUAUGCUUGAAAAUGAUUCAUUUAGACAAAGAUAACUACAAUUUGCCUAAUUAUGCCUUUUUAUUUUUUACUAAUAAGCUUUGUUCAGCCACGAAACAGUGAUCAUUUAAGACGGCGAUUGAGUGAGAGACGUUCGAAUCUCGAUGCAGUCGGGGACAACUUUAUGUAUACAUAAUUAGCUAACAUAGCUUCUGCUGUUUGAGGUAAAAAUCAAAUGAGACAGCAUUUACAUGCAAUGCAUGCUCACCCACCAUCAAUCUUGUUGGCCACCACGCAACAGGGGAUCUUGGGUCUGUACUCCCUCAGUUCCUUGUACCAGUUGGCCAGAUUCUUAUAGGUGACCUUUCUCUGGACAUCAAAAACCUUCCCGAGAACAAUAAACAAGAUAUGAAAU